AAUCUCACCUCCUCACCCCUUCCUUGCGUCCCCACCUUGUUACUUCUCUUUAAACACAGAAAUCGAAACACUCACCAACCGGAGGAAUAUUUAACGAAAUGGCUCCCAGAGAUAAGACGGCGGGAAACAAUAAUAACGGCGGGAACGUUAAAGAGGUGCAUUUUCGGGGAGUGAGGAAGAGGCCGUGGGGCCGAUACGCCGCGGAGAUUAGGGAUCCCGGCAAGAAGAGCCGUGUUUGGCUUGGAACUUUCGAUACGGCUGAAGAAGCCGCUCGAGCUUAUGAUGCCGCCGCACGUGAAUUUCGCGGCGCUAAAGCUAAAACUAAUUUCCCCUUGCCUUGUGAGAAUGUGACAAAGAAACUUUGUAAUAAUCAAAGUCCGAGUCAGAGUAGUACGGUGGAGUCAUCCAGCCGGGAAGCGGCUCUGAUGGUGGAAUCUCCGCCGUUGGAUCUAAAUAUCGGUGCUGGAGGCCUGGGUGGCGGGUUUAACGCUGCCGUUAGAUUUCCCUUUCAGCCUGUGGCUGGUGUUUUCGGUACUGCGAAUCAGGUGUUCUAUUUCGAUGCUAUUGCUGCUAUGAAGAAUCAGCAAUAUCAACGGCUCAGAUACGAUCAUCAUCAGAAUUAUACUUUCCAUGCUGCUGCGGCCGGUAACGGGAGUGUCCAAAGUGACUCCGAUUCAUCGUCCAUCGUUGAUUUAAACCACCACGAUGUAAAGCCACGGAGAAUUCUCGGUUUCGAUCUGAAUUUUCCUCCAGAAGAAAUCGCCUGACUUUUUUUUCUCAGAUAAUGGCGCGCUUAUCGGAGAUCAUAACAACAAUUUCUUUUAUGUUAAUUUUUUCGUGCAAACUUUAUUUUUUGCUUCCUUUUUAGGGAAAAAAAAAAAAGAAAAUUAGGCUAGAAAAACAAAAACCAAAAAAUUUGACCGUCAGCGUAUCCUGUGAUUUUGAUCGCGGAUGUGAAUACCUAGCUGAUCUCCACUUUUUUGCAGCAAAGAAGCCCUCGACUCUCUUCUCUGUUGUUCGUGACUAGUUACUCUCUGUACUCGUUCUUCCUUUAAAGAAUAGAAAAAAUGUUCCUGAAUUAUUUAA